AUGGCUUUCCGCUACCUCAUCUCCUUCUGCGCCCUGGUGGCCUAUGCCAAUGCCGGUCUUUUGGCCAGCCAUGUGGCUAUUGCCAAUCCCUCCGUGGAUGCCGUUGCCUCCACCCAGCAGAAUGUGGUGCGCUCCUUCGGAGGCACUGUUUCCAGCUACUCGAAGGCGGUGGACACCCCGUACUCCAGUGUGAGGAAGAGCGAUACCAGGAUCCAGAACAAUGUCUACACUCCGGCCAUUGCCAAGACCACUUAUGCUGCUGCUCCGCUGUACACCCAGGCCACUCCCAUUGUGGCCAAGACUCUGGUCCAUGCUCCUGCUCCCGUCGUCGAGAAGACCAUUUAUGCUCCAGCUCCUGCUCCAGUUUUGGCCAAGACCGUGUACUCCGCUCCUGCUCAGGUUUAUGCUGCUCACGCUCCAGUUUUGGCCAAGACUGUGUACUCCGCUCCUGUGGCCAAGACCGUUUACUCUGCUCCAGCUCCGGUUUAUGCUGCUCCAGCUCCCGUUCUGGCCAAGACUGUCUACUCUGCUCCCGUGGCCAAGGCUGUUUAUGCUGCCCCUGCUCCAGUUUAUGCUGCUCCCGCUCCCGUUCUGGCCAAGACCGUGUCCUAUGCCGCACCACUGGCCACCACCAACGUGAACCACGGACCCUCCGCCACCACCUACACCCACAAUGCCCCCGCUCUGGGCGUCUCCAGCUAUGGCAGUUCCCAGACGGUCCACUACUCCCCUGCCGAGAGUGUGUCGCACAUGAGCUUCGAUGGAUUCGGAACCCACUGGGGUUUCUAA